CUCGUUGGGACGGAUUGCCGGGCCCAUUCACACUGCACGAAGCCGAACGGUUUCGGCAGGUAGCAUUGCCGAGUGUGUUUCUUCCAGGUUGGGAACCCGGGUCCGCUGCCCGCUGCUGCCUUCACUCGCCAGUCUCCAGAGCUGUGCCGGUGUGGUAACAAAAGGACACCUCCAUCGCCCGACCUAACAAGACAACCCAGGCCUUUAUCUCUCUGUGGAUUCGACAAAGCAGCAAACAUUCCCGACACAACAUUGUGUGGAAGGUGCCUCACACGGUCACACCGCCCAUUCAAUCUUCGACGUCAACCCCUCAGAGUCACCAACCCCUUCUCGUUCGAUUGUUUUUUACAACAUCAAACCCCCUCCUGCGAAUCUCCAAACACAAACGGCUCAUUCGAAAAUGGCCACGAGGGCGGCAACCGUGGUGCCCCCUUUCCCCUACGAACCAGGCAGCACGUUCGUAAUCAAGGCCCAUACACCGCCUCCGCCGUUCGGGCCAUACUACAAAAACAAGAACCCCGUGAGGGUUCCGGUCCGGGGCCUGGAGUAUGGGUCUGGAAACCGAGUGGGCCAUAUGGGCUUCGUCAUCUCGAACCCUCCCCUCGACCCGGAGGCGACGGCCAAGACUAAGGCACAACCACAACGGGUAUUGACCAUCGCCCGGAAGAUCAGUCAUAAACCGAAGGAGGAUGGCGGCGGCCCGGUUGUUGUUCGCUGUUCCCUCGACUCGGAUAAGACAACUACAUACAUCGCCAAGAUCUAUGACGGUUUCGAGUACGCGCUGGCCGAACCCGGCGAGACUGGUUGCGACUGCAUGUACGUGGCCGACAUGGAUUACAGCCGAGAGGCGGCCGCCUACGAGAGCAUCCCCGCGAGACUUCAAGGUUCCAUCGUCCCGCGCUACUUCGGCUCUUGGACCUUCCCUCUCCCAACCGGCGCCCAGGGCCGGCGCCGAUGGGUGCGCAUGGUCCUGAUGGAGGACGUCCCUGGCGAGUGCAUGCUGGACAUGAUUCUGCGUGCCAGGGGAGCGACUCGAAGCAACCCGGAGCCCGACGCGUGGUCGGCGGAACCCCCUGGCCUCGAUUACAGCCUUCUUCCGCCAGAAAAGGAGCGUCUCGAUAUCUUAGCGCGCAUUGUCGAGGCUGAGGCCGAGCUCCAGUGGUACGGGGGCGUGAUGCACGGUGAUGUGGAGCCUCGGAACGUGAUCAUUUCUCGCCGGGGGCCCGCCAGCGCGUCGCCGCGCGUCACCAUCAUCGACUUCAACCUCUCGUACGUGCCGCAGCGCUGUGAGGCCGGCCGCCGGAUGAUCGCUGAAACAGGCCACGGCAAAGGCUUACCCGUCUCGAUCAUCGAACGGUAUUGGCUUGAGUCGCACUUUGCCUACGGAGGCGUGUAUAGCGAGUGGAUUCCACAAAGCUGGGUGGUGGAGGAUGAACCCCUUUUUCCCCCAAUGAGAUGGUUGAUCGACAGGUGGUUAGGGUCUCCGAGAUUCCGACCGCCGUCUGAGAAGUUUUUCAACCUCCCGUUUCACCGAAAUUUGGAUGAGCCUUUUCGCCAGCUGUUUGAGGAAUUGAAGGCUGCUGUAGCGAAGGAUCGCCAGGCACGCGGAUGAGGACUCUCUGGAAGACAUCAACGCUAGGACUC